AGUGGAACGCGUUGUUCCACGGAACAGAUUUUGGAUGAUUUUUUGUUCCACACCCCCACCCUGGAACGGGUUGUUCCACGUCUGUGGGACAGAAAUUUCCAAUAUUUUUAGACAAAAAUACCCUUGGUCUUUUUCAAAAUUUACAACUUCAAAAUCAGUUAACAAACCCUAAAAACAAAAUCUCUUCUUCUCAGCCGUUUCUCUUCACCUCUGCAUCCCUUUCCCCUUCGCAACCUUCCUGCUCAUCUUCAUCCCUUUCCCCUUCGCAACCUUCCUGCUCAUCCGCCGCCAAACCCUAACCACAAAACCCGCCUCCACCGCCUCCGACUUCGUCCGCACCCUCUCCACCGCCGCCGCCGUCGCCGAAACCUACGACGACCCAGAUGGAGUUUCAAAAAGCCAAGCAAAAAGCUCCACGAAAGCGGAAGCCAGAGACAGAGAGAGAGAGAGACAGCAACAACAGCAAUGGCAGUCUCAUAUAAUCUCACCAAUUUCGCAUCCGUUUCUCUAAAUUCCCCUCGCAUUCUUUCGUCUGCAAACAAGUCAUCCAUUUUCUGUGUUCCUUUCACCAACCUUUCCAGCGUCCAUGGCGGCUCGAGACGAUGGAGACCCAUGUCGGUUCAGGCCAUGGCUUCCUCCUCCUUCGGUUCCCGGCUCGAAGAGAGCGUUAAGAAGACGGUGGAUGAGAACCCUGUUGUCGUCUAUUCCAAAACUUGGUGUUCGUACUCAUCUGAGGUGAAAUCGUUAUUCAAAAGGCUUGGUGUGGAGCCGAUCGUGAUUGAAUUGGAUGAACUGGGAUUGGCUUUGAACUUCUCUAUGUUUUACUACGAGAUUCUAAAUUCUCCUGACCGGGCUUGCAGUCUUGCCAAGCAGGCUUAUCAAGAGUCAACCGAUCUGAUGGGUAUUUGGACCACCUUGGAUGACUCACAGAAGCCAGAUUUCAUUAAAGUGUUUAUGGAGAGCCUUUGAGCAUUUGGGGUUUUAGUAUUUGUGGUUUUAGUAUGGGGAACUUUAUCAACUUCUAAGUGUUUUCAUUAUUACUUUAGCAAGACAUUAUUUGUUUUUUAAGUCAGGACGAAUGUUUGAUUUUGGAUAUUUCAUGUUUAAGUUAUGCAUAUUUCAUUUUCUUUGUUUAA